CAUGACAGAUUCUUCUAAACUUGCUUUUACGGAUCUAAACCAUGGCUUCCAUUUUCCAAUAAAAAAGAAACAGCACAGAUAGGUUUAAAAUGGAGGAUAAAGAGCAAAUCCUUGAUGAAGACAAUGAUACUGUGGAAUCAGAACAGGAGCAGAGUGAAAAGCCUGAUGGAGGGUGGGGUUGGGUGGUUUGCUGUGGUACCUUCAGUGUCAACUUUAUAGUGUUUGGUAUUCAUAACUCAUUUGGUGUUGUGUACGAGUAUUUGGUAGAUGAACAACACAUGGGAGAAGCUGAGACAGCCUGGGUUGGUGCAAUGGCCGGUUCCCUCAACUUCUUGUGUGGUCCGCUGUGCAGUAUUUUGUGUGAUCGCUUUGGAUGUCGUCGAGUAGCGUUUGUUGGCGCCCUUCUAUCUGUAACUGGACUUUUUCUUACGUCGCUUGUGACUCGCUUACAUUACAUGUACCUUACCUAUGGACUUCUUUGGGGGGUGGGGUCGAGUUUUUCCUUUGUACCUUCCAUCGUGAUGUUAGGAGAAUACUUUGAUAAAAGACUGGCACUAGCGAAUGGAUUAGGUACCAGCGGAAGUGGAGUGGGUUCAUUGGUCGCCUCGCCUGCCAUCAAUUACUUACUCUGGGUCGUCGGAUGGAGUAACUCUCUGCGCAUACUCAGUGGAGUCGCAGCGUUUCUUGUUGUGGCGUGCUUUCUCUAUAAACCGCUGAAAACAAGACAGCGUGACAGAGCCGUGACAAAACAGUGUAGCCAGUUGUGUGACGUUUCAAUUUGGAGGAACCGGGCUUACGUAGCCUGGGUACUAACAGUAGCGUUAUUUCAGUUCGGAUAUCCGGUCCCUUUCGUCCAUUUGGUGAAAUACGCCAAUGAUCUUGGUAUCCCGACUUCCAGAGGAGCAUGGCUGGUCGGUUUCCUUUCGAUCAUGUCUACUUUGGGGCGUGUGAUAUUCGGGAAGAUCUGUGAACUACGAUGGGUCAACAAAGUUUACGUCUAUCAGUUUUCAGUGUUUAUCAUAGGACUUAGCACGAUGAUCUGUCCAAUCACAGAAGGCUACGCGGGUCUCUUGACUUACUCUCUUGUGUUUGGUUUUUUCGAUGGAUGCUUUGUAGGGCAAGUGGCUGUAAUCACUGGAGAAAUUGCUGGAAAGAACAGGCUCUCACAAGCAGUGGGAAAUAUGUUUGGGGUGUUGGCCAUCCCCAUGAGUUUUGGACCACCGGUCGCUGGCUGGCUUUACGAAGCUACAGGUUCUUACCACCAGGCAUUCUUUGUGUGUGGAAGUGUGGGCAUCAUGGCUUCUCUGUUUGUCUUUGUCGUGUCUCGUUUGCAUCGAAAUCAAAGACAAUAUUACAUCUCCAGCAGGAGAGGAAGCAAAAAUACGGACUCAAACAAAGAUUGUAGGUAUGAAGGGAGUUUGGAAACUGAAAGUGAAAUGUCUAACAUGAUAAGGGGAGAGACGACAUCUCGUGAAGUCCUCAUCGUCGCAGAUAAAGAAACUGUUCUGUAGUUGCUUGUUUGUGCGUCACGCAACUUCUUGAGUACGUUGCGUGACCAUAUUGUAGGUUUGGUUUUUUUUUUU